CAUGAAUAAUGGAUCGUUCUCUCGGUGUCUUCGCAACCAUUCUUCCGUAGCGAGACGUGACUGAAAUGGCCAGAACAGAUAGGAUCAGCGGUUAGCGGUGGCCCGAUGUCAACGGGGAGGACGGUCCGCAAUUUGCCGAGGCUUACAUUGUCAUCCACGCUCCUCGAGCCGCGGGUCACACCUCAUCCCUCCAUCAAUCCACCAGACAGCCAACUCUCUUAUCAGUCGUCCGCACUUUGAAUCAAGUAAACAUUGUCGUGUGCACCAGCAGAUAGCAUCGCCGUGCGAGGGGGAACAGAGCCCGCUCCGCGUGUUUGGUCGAUCCGAAGCUUUGACAAAAGCGGGCGAGGGAGAUGCCAGAGCUGAUGGACACUUCGGGAGAAUCCUUACCAUCCACAUUACGUGUUGCAAACGUAGAGGAAUGCUUCAACGCUCAAGCCGGGAUACUCUCUUAGUGAAGGGACUGGGCUGCUUUUUCGGCGAUGGUAGAAGAGGGAGGGCCGAUCGGCUAGACUUGCAGAUAUGCGAGCCUGAGAGAAGGACAGGAACGCUGUUUCGGCAGUGUAGAACUCACCUACAUAUCAUCAUGGCGAUUUUACUACUUGUGUCAGUGAUCCGCUGUGGACUUGUUGAAGUCGACGCCGCCCCGAGCGUGCAGACACCGAUGGUGGAUGUAGUUCACGGGAACGUCGGUGAAGACGUGACGCUCCCGGUACGCGUUCGGACGGACCAUCAGGUCUUCGCGCAGACAUGGAAUAAACUGUACGGUGGUGUUCACAGCAUGAGGGAAGCCGUGUACAUGGACUCCCCAAGCACCGGGACAGCGAUGUCGCUGGGCUCGCUGAAAGGCCGGGCAUCGCUCGGGCCGGACGGGUCGCUCCGGAUACAUCGGGCCGGGCCGGACGACGAGGGGAUGUACGUGUUGUCGGUGUUGAUGGACGUGGUGGGGCAGAAGGAGCAUUACGUGACGCUGCAGAUGCACGUCCCCCCUCAGGUUGAGUUUAGCGAGCCGAGUCCUCUCCACGCCAUGCAGAACACCCUGGUCACACUGAACUGCACGGUGAGACACUCCAGCGUCUUACUUCAGGACGUCCAAUGGAAAAAGGACGGCUUACAACUCUGGGAACGACGAACGGCCAAUCAACAGCAUCACGGCAACGGCCAAUGGAUGGACGUCAUGACCUACACAGAAACUGAUGACGUUCUGACAUCUGUGCUGACGUUUCGGGCAGUGAAGAGGGAAGACAGUGGGAACUACACCUGUCACGCGCACCACAGAGGCGGCAUUGUCGUCGCCAGUUUAUUUCUUGAAGUGUUCUAUUCUGCCAAGAUCAUCAACAUCUCGGAAUCGCCGCAGCUUGUCCUGGAGAACGCGAACGUGACUCUAGACUGCGUGGCCGAGGGAAACCCUCCCCCCAUCCUCUCCUGGCACAAAGAUGGCGACUACUCCUCCCUCAAGUCCACCUUCUCGGGCGCAGCCUCGCACAGGGAGAGGGAGGGGCGGCUGAACCUGACCCUGCUGAGGUUCGGGGAGAAGGACAGCGGUGUGUACAUGUGCGAGGCCACGAACGGCGUGCCCAGCGGGAUGAAGGACAACAAGAGUGUGCUGGUGGCCAUGAUGCAGGUCAAGGCAAUCACCGCACCUGGACCGGAAACGGAAGCUGAUGACACAAUAAUUGUCGAGAGAGACCGCUCAUCACCAAACGACGUGUACCAACAAGGUGGAGAAAUAGACAAUGGCUUCUACAGCACGUUGGUAACUGUUGGUAUCGUCACAGUCACUGCCCUGUCUUUGCUCUUACUGCUCGCUGUGGGCUUUCUACUAUGUCGAAGAAAGAAAGCUGCCGGGACAAAAAUCCUGAAGACAAACAUCAGACGAGACGUUGUCAGACACAGACAUUUGGAGCAAAGCAGAGAGGUUGAAGUCUAUCGGUGACCGCUUGGCUCAUACUGCGGCGCCAAUACGUUCUUAACAAUGAGCCGUCUCGCAAUGUGAUGCAUUGUGGUUUAAGGUCAAAGUUCAAAGCCCUGGAUUUAGACUUUGACCUUGGACCGCAAUGCACCAAAUUGCACAUGCGCACUUUGAACUGGCUUAUACUGCUGGACCAAAUCCCGAGUGAACGAUCAAAUCAACAUCCACAGUCUAGAGGUUAUUUUCUCUUCCAUGGAGAGGCAAAGAACGCCCUACGACAAAAAUACAAAUGGCGUGCGACUAGUUACGAAUAGUCGUAAUAUAAAACCGGACACUCGAGAGCAUCGUCCUUUAUUUUUCGCGCACUUUUUUCGAAGUGUCUUUGAUAAAAAGAAACUCUGUGAGCAAGGGUUGCACUUGUGCCUUGUUAGUUGCAGUACGUGUCUUGCGAUAUCACUCUCAGUCAACCUGCAAUACAUGUAUUAUUUAAGAGUGUGGACUACCUUCUAGCAUAAAGCUUUGUUCUCACAGUUGUAGUUAUUGUCGAUUACAAGGGGGAUAAUCGUUUAUGCUAGCAUCUUGUGGUGGCGUUGGUAUUUCAAUGCUGUGUUAGUGAAGAUGCGUUUGGAUGCAUUCCUUGUUCGUCAAAUAUUGUGCUUCGUUGAAGUCUGGUCCAUAUCCGUCUUACCAGUGAUCGGUGACGUUUUUGAUGACACUUGAUGGAGGCUAAUAAAU